CUACUUGCCCUGUCGGUGCUGGUUUCACAUCACGAAACCUUACGUGAUGAACUCCUAGCGUAUUUGGCAUGAUUAUCCGAUUUGGCAGUACUGACUGCUUGAGCCUUAUGUUGACUUUAGUCUAUAGUGUCACUCAGGAGUUUGCUUGCAUCAUCCCGCAUCCCGUCAUCGUCACUAUCACACAUAUUUCCAUCUACCCCUCCGUGUGAUCUGACCGAUGGGUGUUCGAACAAUGGAGAGACGUUCAUACCAGACAGACCAUGUUCGAAUGAAUAUGAAGGAUACGAGCACCAGGCAGACCCGUGCCGUGUUAAUUGACUCAUUUCACAUCAAGACCAAGACCACAAAGAAGUGAGGUGAGCUCUUGCUAUCACCCACCAGACUGACACUUCAGCCAAUCAGUGGGCAGUUCAGAUUAUGAGGUCAUGCCCAAUCCAGGUCCGAUCCACGCCCCAAACCUUGGCCAAGACUCGCCCACUAGCUUUGGUAAUAUGGAGAUGCCCCGCCCCUCCUCUCCGACUAAAGAGCUCAACAUGUGGAGCCAAACUCUUGACCGUGUCAACGACGAUGGCGACGAAACGAUCACGACCGUGGACUUGGACAAUCUGUAUCCCGCUUUAGUAGAAUGCUUCGGGAUCAUCUUUCUGGGCUACUUGGCCGCCCGAUUCAACAUCAUGUCCAAUGUGGAAGCCAAAGGUCUGAAUGUGUUUGUGUCCACUUUCGCCUUGCCGGCCCUCAUCUUCGGCUCUUUGUGUCGGCUUCAACUGGAAAAGGUCCAAUGGAUGUUUUUGGUGGCCAUCUUUCUGGCCAAAUCCAUUCUCUUUUUCGUGGUUCUACUCGUCACCUUAAUCAUGACCCGACCUUCGGAUUUUGGUCGAGCCGGAUUAUUCGGGAUUUUCGUGACCCAGUCCAACGACUUUGCCUUGGGCUACCCCAUUUUGAUGGCCAUCUACGAGAAGACCCACCCGGAGUGUCCAAUGUAUCUGUACCUGAUUGCACCCAUCUCUUUCGUGAUUCUGAAUCCCAUUGGCUUCGUUUGUCUGGAAAUUGCCAAGUCUAGUCGCGAGAACGAUGGACCUUCAAUUUCGAUCAGUUCCAACGCCAGAACGUGGGCCCUUAUACUUCGAGUCGGACGAGGGGUUUUGUCCAAUCCCAUCAUCCUGAUGACCGUGGCUGGGAUUUUGGGAAACAUUGCCUGCCAGGGCACUUUACCUGCCAUGGCCGACCAAUUUCUUCAGACUUUGGGCUCGACCUUCUCCGGAUGUGCCUUGUUCUCGUUGGGCAUUCGGAUGGUAAGCAAAACCGGGUCUCGUCUGGAUUUGGCCUCCUUGACGGUCCCCGCCGUGCUCAUAAUGCUCAAGACCUUGGCCUUGCCCGUGAUUUGUCGGGAAAGUGUGAAUCUCUUUCAAAACUAUUAUCCACCUAACGACACCGAGCAUUUGAGUAAUUUCGCCUUCUUGUAUGGCACCUUCCCGGCCGCUCCGGGCGUGUUCGUGUUCGCUUCCAAGUAUGAUAUCGAAGCCAACCUGAUUGCCAAUGCCAUGGUGGCCUGCACUUUCGUGGCUGCUCCCAUCAUGUUUAUCUCAGCUCGCUUGCUCUCAAUCACGAACAUCAAUCCAAGUGACUACAUCCAAGAACUGGAUAUUUUUCUCUUCGACAUCAGCAUCAUCGGCCUCAUUUGCAGCCUCUGGGUCGCCUUUACUUUCGUAGCAGCCCGCAAAUUUCAACGGGUACCUCAUUUCCUCACUUUGUCAUUGGUGAUCAGUCAAUGCUUGGCGUGUAUUGGAGCCAUGCUCUGGUCCAAGAUGAGUUGCACUCACGGUUGGAAACUCUACUUUCAAUUCACCGUGUUCACUUUUGGGGUCUAUGCCUCCAGGAUUAACGCUGCCUUGCUAUCCUUGGUCAUGUUGGUAAUCGAAUUGAAAUCGGUGGUUUGGGUUCAACAAGGGCGACGGGCAUGGAUUGCCAUCGGGCUGGUGGUGCCCGGAUUUCUGGUGCUCAUGCUUCUCCUGGUGGUGGGCAAGGAAACGCAAGCCCACGGGGAUAAAAGAGAUCCCAACUUUCAAUACGGGAUGACGCAAGCAUAUGUGGCCUUGGUUGUCCUCGUCGUAUCCUUUCUCGUCACCGUGGCUUCAUUGAUAAUGCGACAGCGCUGCCGAAAGCUUCCUCCUAAUCAAAGUUUGUCGAGUCCCCAUGGGGAAAAUCUUUCGCAUCUGAGAGAUUCGGGUGCAGUCCCCAGAGAAGGCAUGCGGCGACGUCUUUUGGAGUCUCCUCAAGAACAAGAAGAGGACGAAUUCGGCGGCGACACAUCCCCCUCAAUAAUCGAUAUCCCCACCGACUCCAAUUUGGUCCAAAUUGAAGAAGACAUCCAUCAAGUUCGUGAAGCCCCUGUUGCCACAAGACGGCUUAGCGAUGAAGCCAAUGAAGCCAAUCGGUCCAUUCAGAACCCAGGAGGUCGCUAUCGUUGCACUUCGGAGCAUCGCGAGUAUUGCUCCGAAUUGUUGGACAACUAUGACAUUCCGCCGGUGGCGGAUGCCCUGAUUUGCCGAGCUCGAUAUGAAGACGAACAUCAAAUUCUACGUCACUCCUUGUUGCUCGUCUCUUUGAGCGCCUCCAUGUUUGUGGGAAUUGCUCUUUGCACCUGGACGUUGCUCAUGGAUAGCUCAAGUGGUAUUUAUUUGGAGCUGGUUUUCUUGGACGGAUUCCUAAACCUCGGCCAGGGCAUCUUUGCUCUGGCCCUCUUUGGCUUUGACUCGCAAUAUUUUUUGUUCCCGAUCCAAAAAUUCUGGCGGAGACUGAUUUAUGGUCAAGACUCCCUGGUUUUGCCGGAUUGGGAGGAUUUAGAUCGGACCACCAAGCUUUAUUGUCAGCAAUUUUUGCGAUAUCAUAUCGAGAAGUGCAUGGAGAGCCUUCUCCGCGACGUUCGAGUCCGUCUCACCACCUAUCAAGCCGUGUUUCGUGGCCAAGAAUUGGUGGAUUGGCUCAUGGAAGUUGGCUUGUCCCGAGAUCGCAACGACGCUUUAAUCUACGGGAGACACCUGCUGAAGGGUCGCGUGAUUCGACACGUGGAGGAUCAUCUUGAUUUUUAUGAUGACGUCUUUUUAUACAGCUUUCAUCCUCUCCGUGAGUAGGAAUUGAUUGCGGAUACAUGAAACAAAUACCAAAAAGAGCCGCUUUGAAGCGGCCAGAACAUUGCCGAUUUACGUUUCUGUUAUCAUGAUUAACCUCGUUAAUUGCCUCAAAUGUGUCUGUCAGUUGUCAUCGGCUCUAAAUGUUAGAGGAAUAUUAUGAGAGAUUGUAAAAUAGUCUCAAAGAGAAAAUGCUCAUGGAACCUUGGAAAUAUACGUAAAUUGUCCUUCAAA